UCUUUAACUGGUACUAUGAAACGCAGCCAAAAGAGGAAACACCUGGAAAAUGAAGAGUACCAGGAAAUGGCCGAGAAGGGGAAAGGAAUCUUGAAGUCACAAGAGGAUGUCCUUCAGCUGGGACCCACUGGAGUGGCCAGAGGCUGGGGUCUGGGUUUAGGGGAGGUCUCCUCCGCCUCUGAAGAAUACUUUUCCUGUGUUUCUUUCCCUCACAAGCUCAUCCGUGGUGGAAUCUGGAGAUUACAUCAAGAGAGCCCCCGACCUAGAUCACCCCGAGCCCCAGUUCAGGAACGAGGGGAGAUUCCUUCCCCUUCACAAGUCUCCUUGUCCUCCCCUUCAUCCUAUAAGACUUGUGCAUCCUCUUUUUGUGUACACAGAGAGGAAAGAGGCAUGAAAAUAUACUACAUGCAGGUUCAAAUGAAAAAAGGUGUGGCUGUCUCCUGGGAGACAGAGGAAACCUCAGAGCCAAUAGAAAAGCAGCUGAGGAUGGAGGAAGUGACAAUUCCCGAGGACGUGCGGGUAGGUACUCCCCCCUCGGAUGUGUCCACCAGAAACCUCCUGUCUGACAGCGAGCCCAGCGGGGAGGAGAAAGAGCAUGAGGAAAGGUCAGAGUCAGACAGCCCACCAGGGUCACCUGCGGUCGAGGAGAGACCCAGGGCCAGGACGCCUGACUCACUAGUGACCGUGGAGAACGGCUUCAGGUGCAUGGCCUGCUGCCGGGUGUUCCCCACCUUGGAGAGCCUCCAGGAGCACGUGCGGCACGGGAUCAGGGAGGGCUUCAGCUGCCACAUCUUUCAUCUCACCAUGGCUCAGCUGACAGGCAAUGUGGAAUCAGAGAGCACCCAGGAGGAAGAGGAAGAGGAGGAGGAGGAGGAGGAGGAAGAGGAGCAAGAAGAAAAUGAGGAUGAUGAUGAGCAGCCCUCAGGGGAAGAUCUUGGCAUGAAGAGACCCUGGAGCCAAUGUCCAGACUGUGUGUUUCAUUCUCCAAAGGACAGGAAGUCUCUGCACAGCAACUGAGACUCGUGGGUCAGAAGAUUCCAGGUGACAGUGUAGCCUUCUCUUGGGAGAGG